AUGAAGCGGUCCUUGCUCUCUCUGUCCCCCCUGAUCUCAUCCACAAAUGUAUGCUUUCGGACACAUCUUCUGGCUGGGCUGAAGCCGAGGCUAUGUCUCUCUGCGCGACCCUCAUCGUUCAGCACCGUACCUCUUACGCGCACUCUGCAUGACUUCCGGACGCCGCCAUCCACACUGCGGGAACAGUCUAUACUGCAAUUUCUGUCCAGCAGGCUAGCUCAGGCAACACAUAGAAGCGGCAUACGCCGAGGCCGCGCUGGUGGGAGCUACGGAGGUGGUCCAGAAGGACCAUGGCAGAGAUUACGCGCACGAAUCAACGCCAUUCCGAGCAAUUACAUCUUCUGGGGCAUCAUCGGUCUGAACGGCUUGGUGUUUGUGUCCUGGAACCUUGCAUGGGCCAAAUACCAAAGCACGGGAGAUGCCUCCUCGUACUUAUGGCUGCGGCGAAACUUCACGUCGUCUGCGGAGAACAUGCAGGGCGGUCGAUGGUGGACGGUCGUAACAAGCUGCUUUUCCCAUGAGUCCUCCAUGCACAUCCUCUUCAACGGAUUUACGUAUUACUUCAUGGCGCCAUUAGUCCUCUCGAUACUCGGGAACGUAGGCUUCCUCGGGCUUUACCUCGGAGGCGGCAUCACAUCUAGCUUCGCAGGCAUCGCUUGGCGCAACUACAACUCGCCCUAUCCGGGCCCUGCGGGUUCGCAUGGUGCCAGCGGCGCGAUAUACUCCGUCAUCUCGUUCUUUGCUUGCGUAGCACCUACCGCGACCUUCGCGCUCUUCGGCAUCAUUCCUCUCCCGGCGUGGGCUUUCGUGACCGGUAUUUUCCUGUAUGAUGGCUACAGUGCCGUAAAUUCGAAGCGCGUGGCCACCGAUACGGCGGGUCAUAUCGGCGGGCUCCUCGCGGGCAUCGGGUAUUUCAUCGCAAAGCGGUUCAGAGUGUUCUAAGGCGCAAGUCCGCACUAUUUACACGCAUCAUAGAGCAUCAUCUCGCAACCAC